AUGGAAAAAACUGGUUCAGAUAGUUUGGUCGUCGAGAUCUCGUCUGGAGAGAGCUCAGAAAGCGACUUGGUGGUGCUGGAGCUGCCAGAGAGCACCACCGAGGAAAGGGAGUUGAACGUCGGAAUCCCACGGAAACCUGAAGCAGCGACUCCUUUCCCUGGAACCCGCACGAUGACGCAGUGCCGAGCACCAAAGAACAACACCGUCAGCAGAAGCAGUAGGAACGCUUGCCGUAGCGUGAAGAGUGCGCAUGUGGACCUGCCGGAGCCCGACAUAUGCGGCUGUCUGCGCGGGGAUCCGGCGUGCACCAGCGCCGCCCAACGGAUUGAAUACGAUUCGCCCAGUCCAAUGGAUGAGGUUGACAUUGAUGAUUGCCCAUCGACUGGCUCUUCAAUUGCGACAACAACAACGACUGACGAGCUUCUUCGCGAGUACCCUGGAAUGCAUGGCGGUACGCUCACCCCCGAGCGGCAACAUACACGCACCUCUUUGAGCAGCGACCAAAUCGCCAUGGAGUUGACGCGUCUGGGACUGCGUGCGGCACCUGCUGGCAGCUUGGCGAUACAGCGCUGUGAGUGCGCGUCCGAAAGCGCAGUAACGCUCGCGGAUGCGUACCUGGAACGAUUUGCAGCGCUUGCGGUCGACGAGGAGGAAUCCAAGUCAUGGGAAAGCUCGCCUUCGCUUGAACUUGUUGACCAAGAAAGUUGUGAUCAUGGUCGGAGUCGUAGACGUCGCGGCAAAGCAUUCUAUGUUGGCAACGGCAUGCGCGCGCGCCGAGGCAUCCAACAAACAUCGCUCAUAGCGAAUGAGCAUCGAGCGGGUACCUUUGAACGCAGGGAGCUUGGUGCAUCCGCUGCUGACCGUGAUGUCCUGUUCACGCCAGAAAACCGGCCGCUGAUGGACGCAUCGGAAAUGUCGUGCGCGGACCCCAGAGAUGCUUCCGACCCGGUGCCCCGAGCGUCGAUGCUGGUCGCGAGUCAUCGAGCGCUGGAUGCGGACCCGAAUACCUGGAUCGAAUCGAAGAGGAGCGCGUCUGCCGUACGAACCCCGGUGGCGUUUACGCCGGGCCUCGAGCUUCUCGAACACCAGCGUCAGGCAGUAGCAUGGAUGAUCGCCAGAGAGCGGGAGAGAUCGCCGACGACCCCUGCGGGCGGGAUUCUCGCCGAUGAACCUGGUCUGGGCAAAACGCUCACUGCGAUAUCUCUCAUUUUACUGAACAAAGCUGACGCAGACAUGCGAGAGGCGCCAGCAUCUUCACCGGCGACGUUGGUUGUGUGCCCGUUAUCGCUUCUGCGACAGUGGUCGCAGGAAAUUCGGAAGAGCACCGUGCAGGGCCUCGGACCCAGCGUUGUCGUCUACCAUGGAUCCAAUCGAGCUGAUCUCCGGCCUCAGUUGGGGUGCGCGGAUAUCGUCCUCACGACGUAUGCUGUGCUGUGCGCGGAGAGCCCCCAGUUGAGCCCAGAAAAAGAACAGAUUCUGCGCAGCGCUGGACCCCUGUUUCAGUACCGAUGGUAUCGCGUGAUUCUUGACGAAGCGCAUAACAUCCGGAACGUGAACUCCCGGGUAUCCCGUUCGGCUUGCCUUGUCGAAGCUCGCUCCAGAUGGUGCCUCACUGGAACCCCUGUCCAGAACAAUGUACAUGACGUGCUGGCGUUGCUGCUAUUUUUGCGUCAUCCGGCAUGUUCCAGCAUGAAGGCUUACUCGCGGAUCUUGAGCAGUGUCUCGGGCACUGCCGACAACGUGGACCACACAGAGGCCGCCGGUUCUCUCGGUCGCUUGCUGUGCCCCGUGCUUCUGCGCCGCUGCCGCGACGACACUGUCAAUGGCCGACCGAUCCUCGAACUAGAGCCGCGCCACGACACCGUCGAGUACGUGGACUUUUCGCCAGCCGAACGGCAUCUCUACGAAUGCAUGGAGUCCGUUGGCCGCGAACUUCUCCGAGAUCUCUCGACCAACGACGCGAAUCCAUCCAGUUUCGUGAACACGUUCGUCCUGAUCACGCGACUCAGACAAAUCUGUGAUCACUAUACCCUGUUGAAGUCGUACGUAGAGCGUCUGCGGACCGCUCCGUGCACCGCGGAUAGCAGCAUGCAGGAGCAGCAAGCUCGCAGCGCAGUACUGCAAGGCCCCGACGCACCGGAUCGAGGCGCUGUCGCAUCCGGAUCCGGACACGUUGAGAUCGACUCGAUGUGCGACGCCCCUGCGCAGGUUCCGGAUGCGUCCUGCACGGAGGCUGCAGCCUGCGUGCAGGACAACGGACACGCCCCGAGGGCCUGGCACCAACGCGAUGCCAGCGCGCCGGAGACAGCGAGGCGCGCGACGCUUCUGGAAGCGCUGAUCCGUGCCUGGACGGCGAUUGCGCUGCGCGACUCGACGCACGACGGAGGCUCAUCGUCGAGCAAGCUGCGCACGCUGAUGGCCCUGCUGGAUCAGGGUCGUAUCCAGGCGCCGACCGAGAAGUGGAUUGUAUUCUCCCAAUGGCCGAGCUUUCUUGAUAUAUGCGAAGAUGUCUUGACGGCGCGUGGUCAAGCUGUUUGUCGUCUCGAUGGAUCGAUGCGUCCGGAGGAACGGGAGCUGAAUCUUUCGCUAUUCAAGCGUCCUGAGUAUCCGAUUUUGCUCAUGUCUCUGGGCGCUGGCGGGGUUGGCCUCAAUCUGACGGAAGCGAAUCAUGUGGUGCUGGUGGAUCCGUGGUGGAACCCUGCUGUGGAGGAGCAGGCGAUUCAUCGCGUGUAUCGGCUGGGCCAAAAGAGGUCUGUGCAAGUAAUUCGGCUGGUAGUGCGUGAUACCGUCGAAGAACGUGUCAUGCAGCUUCAGCAUGAGAAGAGAGCGCUUUAUCAGAAUGUGCUUGGUGGGGAUCCAGAUGUAAUGCGUCAACCGAGGUUGACGCUCUUUGACCUGCACUGGCUGUUGCGCUGUUUGUGA